AUGUCUCCUGGACCUCCGGAUCUUCUGGAUAUUCCUGGUAAACGAGCAACAUUCACUUCUGGUAGUGAAGAGGAAAUUCGCCUGGGAUCACGAGUAACCUUCAAUGAUCAAUCUGUCAAUAUCGAAGGAGUCGAUUUUCAAAUGAAUGAGGCGAACCACCAGGGUGCCACGUUUCACGAUGAUGAACACGUCCAGAAACGCGAGCAAUGGGAUAACAAGACUCAAUUUUAUAUGGGUGUUAUAAGCUACGCCGUCGGAUUAGGAAAUGUAUGGAGGUUUCCAUAUUUGUGCCAGAAGAACGGCGGUGGAGCUUUCUUGAUUCCGUAUGUGAUUAUGAUGGUAUUACUUGGUCUGCCAUUAUUUUUAAUUGAACUGGGUAUUGGUCAGCGGUUACGAACGGGCCCUAUGGGCGUAUGGAAUGCAAUUCAUCCCUAUCUUGGAGGUCUUGGUGUAUCAGCAGCUGUUGUUUCCUAUCUAGUUGCUCUAUACUACAACGUAAUCAUCACCUGGUGUUUGUACUACCUCAAAGAGUCAUUUGCACUCAAUCUUCCGUGGGGAGAAUGUCCUCGAAGUGAUAACGGAACGAUAGAUAGGGAAUGCGAAAUAUCAUCAUCAACUACUAUGUACUUUUGGAAUAGGCAGGCCCUCGACACGACAGGGAGGAUAGGAGAAUUGGACAGCUUCAAUCAACAUAUUACUAUAUCUCUGAUUGUUGCUUGGCUAUUGAUAUACUUAUGUGUUAUGAAGGGAAUCAAAAGUAGUGGAAAGGUUAUGUAUGCAACAGCAACUUUUCCUUAUUUGGUCACUACAAUUUUCCUGAUCCGAUCUGUCACCUUAGAUGGCGCCAUGAAAGGAUUGUGGCACAUGAUUAAUCCUGAUGUAAGUUAUGAAACCGUCAUUUGCAUUUGA